AAUUCAAUCAGUCAGAUAGUUACGUACAGUUUAUUAUACAUAUUAUACUUUGACUAUACUAUUAUAUAUUUCAAGCACAGCGGAUACAAUUGUCAACAGUGAUGCCUGAGAGGCUAUAUUCAGGGCACAGUAAGCAUCUUAAUAUAAGUGCGCGGGAUAUUUACAAAUAGUCAACAGCGCCAUUGUUUUGCUAACGCUAACGCUAACGCUAGUUAUACAAAUGGGAAACAUAACUGGCUAACCAGCUUUUACAUGAAUAUAUAGUCGUUCCUAACUUUUUUUUAGAGAGCGGGUUCAAAUAAAUGCAAUUUGGGUGCUAGCCGAGUAAGAGCAGUUAUUAAAAACAAAAUGAUAUAGCCGUUAGCAUAACGUUCACUGACGUUGCCGUUAAAAGAUAGACAUAGCUGGCUAACAUAAAUGGAGACGAAGUACCCUGCCUUGAGGAGACCAAAGAGGAAACUUUGCUACCUUACAAACAAUGAAAGUUCCUCUAAACAAUGGCCAGGACUGCUGACGUUGGGAGACAUUGAUGGGAUGUUUGACGACUUGGAUUCAUCCUCACAUGGUAAUGAUGACCUGCCACCCCCAUCUUCUCUGCACCAGACUUUUGAUACUGAGAGAAACCAGUUAGGACACCUAACAAAACCUCCAAGAUCCCAAAUGGGUCCUAUAGGAGAUAAACUGCAUCCCGCGUUAAGAUCGUCCAGUCGUAAACUAGACACUGAUUUGGACAUCCCGUUCAAAGCACAUAUGCCAGUGAAGACGUCCAGCCCUAUUGAAGAGAAAAUGAUUGUUGAAGAGCUGAACCAUGAAAAGGACGUAGUUAUGUCCCCAGUUCUCUUUGCCUGUGAAGAUGAAGGAAUAGAAGAAGAAAAGACGGAGCCUCCACACGUCACAGAGCAAAGUGAUGACUCUGAGUUGGUGUCUCCUCCAAGGAACAUUGUUUUUAACAAACCCAAGAUGUCCAGUCACAAAAAGAAGGUGGAAGAAUCAUGCAAAGAGAGUCACCAACUCACAAAGAAAACACCCAAGAAAACUCAAACAGCUGUUUUAGAGGGCAAAAGAACAACUAAAAGGCAAGAAAACACAGACCCACCUGAGUCAGCAGUCACACGGGAGCCUGAACUCGCAGGUCCUGAGAAGAAGUCUGAAAAUGUUCACAGGCAGCCAUCUGUGGAGUCCACCCGUGUGGUCAUGGCGACUUUUCUUAAGAAGCUUCGAGACGCUGGACAGCCCAAACCUCUGUGUUCCAGGAAGUCUCUGUCACCGGUGAAAGUACCCACUCCUCCUCCUCCAGAGCCAGACGAUGAUUUCCUGAUUCUGGAGGAUGAUAGAACGCUUUGGUUUUCCAUCCCAACUAAAACUGCCACCGGCAAGAAACAGAGAUUGAGCAGAACGUCCAGCACAGACAAAGACGGCUCAACAGACAAGGGCACGAACGACAGCCCACUAGAGACUGCACAAAAACGGCAGGAACCGGAACACACAAAGAGCAAACUGGGAAGUCAGACUGUCCAUCAGAAAACGAAGAAGAUGAGAGGAAAAGAGAAGAAGAAUGAGGUGACUGAGCCUGGAAAUGAUGAGGGUGAAUUAUCCAGCCCCGAGGAGCUUCCUGCAGGCAACUUAAUGGAAGAAGAGAAACCAAACAAAAAGAAACGACCUAAAAAGGUACCGUCUAAAAAAAGUGACACGGAAGAGGAGCACGCUAAAGACAGAGCCAGCUGGGAAACGUGUGAAGAAAAGCCCACUCCGAAGAUGGAAAAGAAAACUCACACAAAGACAUCAAAGUCGUUAAAAGACGGGAAUGAAAAUGACAAGACAAGCUGGUCAUUAAAGAAGGGAAGAAAGGUGACGCAAGGAUCUGAGACGAUGUGUGUUGAGGCUGAGAAGGGACAAAGUCGGAGCAGUGAGGAGAAGGCAGAAGCAGCUCACCUGGAUUCUCUUUCAAACAAAGAAAUCAUGAAUUGUGAAGCACAAACGGAAGAGGAUUCGUCUGAAAGGAGUUCCCCUGCAGACGGUCACAUUCUUGGGAGAAGGAAGCCGCCUGGGUGGGUGAAGCAUCCCAUCACUGAAGCAGCAAAGGUUCGAGACAACCAGCCCACACUCAAGAAGUCAAAGCCGCACAACCAAAAGCCCAGCGCAGCAGUACUUUCACCUGUCAAGGAUAAGAAGGGCAGAGUUUUAAAGAAAAUAAAUCAGACGCAGCCUGCGCCGUCGUCCAGUCGGAACACAAAUAAAGCUGAAGAAAAGAAAAGAAUUCAGAACAAAAACGGAAACACAAGAGGAGACACGGCAGGCAAAGUAUUUCACACGUUUGAUGCCGAGCCGUUCGAGGAGCAGGAGGCUGCAGACCAGGAUGUUCAGUCUAGCCCCUUGGUGCUCUCACACAGAGACCUCAGCCAUAACUCAGGUGAGCAGGUAUUUCAAAGAGUAUACCAUAACGUCUCUAUCACCCGAGCCCCUGCUGGUCCCACAGCACCCAGGGAACAACUCAGGGCAGCAGAACCAGACAGACGGCGGAGGAAAGCUCCCGGGAGCUGGUGGACGGUUAAUGACAUGUAUGAGAACACGGAGAGCAUCUCCUCACCGCCUCAGCAGCAGGAGCCCAAACCUCAUCAGGAAAGAAAACCGCGGUCUAAACGGAGAAGAUCUCCUCGCCUUGGGACUCCCAAAAAUGGCAACAUGGCAGUCUCAUCAAAACCACUCGGGGGAGCUCCUGUGCCUCUCCCGAAACUGCGGCCAUUGUCGACUCGUAAGACUGUCAAACGCUCUCUGGCCCCGUCUACAGACACUUCAGUCACAGAGACCACGAAUGUUGGCAGCACAGAAACGGGUCAGAAGAGCAGACGUAAAGUCACAUCACGUCCUGCCGAGGAAGUCAUUGCUACUGACUGUACAGUAUUCAGUAAGACCGAUAAAGAUAUUCUCAGUGUGGACGCUGGUGAGUGCAGGAGCACACAGGACAGCCUUCCACACCAUGAGACGCCACAGGACAGCAAGUGUCAAUCAGAGGACAGGUUAAAACACUUUAGAAGUGGGCCGUCGUCCAUGAUUGAGCUGCAAGAGUACGAGGAGAACGACAGCUUGAUUCUGCCGCCUCCCAGAGUCCAUGCUGCUCUCGGCGUGUCAGAUCUGUGUGCGCCUCCUCUCAAACCGCUGGUCUUACAGCCGAAGGAUAAAGCCAACCUGACAGAGUGGUUCAAGAGUCUCUGGUCUAUCCCGGUCAAAGAAAGUGCGGAAGUCACUCCAGAACAGUUUGAUUGGUACUUCUAUCAAGGCAGAGCGAUCGGCUUCCUGGUGGACCUGAACUGUGGCUCCUUCUGUAACGGAAAGAUCCUGCUGGGCUCCUACAUGAAGAAGCCUCUGUGGGUGGAUCACAGCGCCACAACAGUUUUUAACUUAUUAACAAGCUCUGUGAGUGUAACCAUCGACGGCAAGGAGUCCCGCUCCAAUCCCGGACAAUCCUUCAUGGUGCCAUGUGGACGCGCUUACAGCAUCCAGAACGUCACCGCACAGCCGGCAGUCCUGUACUUCACCAGGAUACAAGCAGAAAGUUCAGACUGAAGUUGUUCAGCUUUCUAAGAAAUGACCAAACACACUUACGAUGUAGAAUUUAAAAAAAAAAGGAUGUGUGACAUUAUUUAGUGUAUUUAAAUGUACUUACUUUCUGUAUGGAAAUAUAUAAGGUGUAAAUAGAAAACUUUUGUUAGUUUUUAAUUUACAUUAAGGAAUGUAUUUGAUCCUUAGUGCUGCUUGUAAUGAAACAAUUCUGAUAAAACAAGUAAACAUGAUUUGUAAAUAA